AUGCCUGAAGAUCAAUCUGCCGGUCCGGAUCUAGGGCGAGUUCUUGAGCACCUAGAUGAUUUUGCGCUCAAUGCCCAAAAUUAUCAGACUAUACAAGAUGCUUUAGAAAAAACCCAAGGAAAUAUAGAAGUGUCUGUUGUGGAAAAGCUACUGGCUUUAUGUGUGCGCGAUCUUAAAGAAGAUAUGAAAAAUACUGUUAACACAUUAAAAGUUCUUGCUGCCGUUUUGAAAAAAAUUAAGGCAGGAGAAUUGUAUCAGUUACCAGACCUUGUCCCAUCAGCAGUUGCUGUUCUGCAUAUAAUUAAAACUACAGCUCUACUAAACAAAGUGGAGGGCCUUAAGAUGUUGUGCUAUGAAAUUCUCCAAUCUUAUCCCAAUGAAAUACUUAUUACUCUUGCAGUCAGCCAUUACAGUGAAAUAAUGGAAAUGUUGAAUUUAUAUUGUCAUCAGAGAAUACCACUUGAAAUGAGAAUGCAGCCUAUCAAUAUAAUUUACAAAUUGUUAAAAAUCUUGCCCCCGGACAAACGAACAAUAUUUGUCAGAGAUGGUGUGGGAAUUUGGUUUUCUAAAAUAGUACCCACGGUAAUGUCUUUUGCAACUAAUGUAAAUGGAAAAAACACAGUGCCAUUAGAAACUCUUGAAAUGUUAACAGAGGAGCUUGUUGGUAUUGACUAUCUUCAUAAUCCGAAUUGGAAAGCUGUCCUAGAGUGCGUACAUACACAGCAAAAGUACCCAGCCGUUAUCAAAGACCUUUUGGAUUCAGGAAAGGUAUCAAAAAGUACUGAUAGAUACAAUCUGUUUGUUGAGCUAUUGGCAAUACUUGAGGUGUUGCUCCAGAGUCCUCGUUGCGAUAAGCUUGCAGAUAUAAUAUUUAACAUAGUGACUUAUUCUCUCAUUGACCACAAUGGCAAGGUUCAACCGUUAUUUAAUGCAAAAAAUGAGAAAAAUAGUCCAAUCCAUAAGAUUGUGUCUUUAAUACUGAAUCCUUCUCUGGACUAUGUUUUUACAAGAUAUGAUGCUAAAGAAAUUGUCGCCAAAAUAAAGCCCCUUACCAAAUUAAUUGCUGAAGAAUAUUUAAAGGAAGUAACAGAAGGUUACUUAAAGUCACCACUAGUUAAAAAUAAUAGUUUGAUGCUUUGGACUGCAUUAGCUGAAGCCAUAUGUGAAUUGAAAUGUGACAUCAGUGUGGAAAUAUUACAACAUUUGUUAAUAUUGCCAUUGAAAUCAAUGAGUUUGUUCACCUCUGUGGAAAUAUCAUCUUCUGCAUGGUUUUUGCUGUACAAGUAUGGACAAAUUAAAUUACAUGAUAUCUCUGUUGAUGAAGAAAUUUGUGAAAUUAUUUCAAAUCAAAGUAUUAUAAGUACAACAAACAAAAUAUUUAUAUUCAGAGCUUCGCUAGUCAUUUGCAAUAAUAUAAUAGCAGAUGAAAAGGACAAUCUCAUUUGCAAAGUUGCUGAAACAUUGCACCAUGUUACUAAUGAAAUGGAAUAUACAUCUAAAGAUGCUAAUUUUUCAUGUUACUCGAAUAUUAUCUUGUUUCUCCUAGAAAAAGUUUAUAAUGAACCAAAUGAGAAACUGGCUAAAGUAACGGUAUCUAUAGCUAACAACCUCUUGAAAAUGAUGUCCCAAUAUUAUAAACAGGAAUAUCCAGAUAAAAAUCUAGAGUCUAAUUUAGUUGUUCAAGUUCUUGAGCAAAUGCAAUUAUUAUUUAAAAAAGAAAUUUAUACUCAUUUAAAAUCAAUAGUAUUGGAUGAUUUAAAGAAGUUUAUACCUUACUUUAAACAUAGUGGUGUGUUAUCAAUCCUAAAUAGCAUGCUAAAUCAAAAGGGUGGCAAGAGUGAAACUGUAAGCAGCAGUGUGCCGAUUGGUUUUCAAACUUUAGACAAGGAAAAAGUAAAAACUCCAAAUAUUAAUGAUCAGAAUAAGUUCACCACUCCUGCUGUUAAACCUGUUGCCAAAAAAGAGAAGAAAAAAGACUCUAAUAUCAUAGAUACAGUUGUAGAGAAUGGCGAAGAGUAUGUUGUUGUCAAAUCAAAUUGGAAAUUUAAUAUAACGAAGUUAACAGCCAAUCAAAAAGAAAAAUUACGGCGGACACGGGAAGAUAUUCCUGCAUUGUAUCAAGAUUUGUCUCAAUCACAAGAUGAAUUUAAAAGAGUUUAUAGAAUGAACUCUGUUGAUUCUAUGAGUGGUAUGAGUAGUAAAUCAACUGGAAUGGAAAAAGAGGAUGCGACUGAAGUAUUAAAAAAAAUGGCGAGUUCUAGUGUUGUACCUAGAAUUAUAGAGAAUAUUUUGACAGAAAGCAAUAAAACAGACUGCACAGAGCCUAAUCGCAACAUUGUUGAAAGCGCUCCUCCAAAUAUUGACAAUGAUCAUAAACAUAUUGAAGCAAAAACAUGCAAAUCUCCUCGCGUUGCGCUAAAAGACAGAGUGUUUAGAAAUGUUAGAAAUUUAAUUGAGAAAUCCGGUUUACAAAAUGAUGCCAAAGAAUUAAACUCUACGGUCAAUGAAAAUUUACUAAAAACGCCGCCAAAGAAACAGAACGUUAAUAAACAUUUGGCUAAUUCUGCGCCUCCCGAAAUAAGUUCCGAAAGACCCUCCAGAGUGAAGAGAAAACCUAAGAAGUUUGAUGACCUCAACAUACUGCCAAGUAAGAAACGGCGUACUUCGACGAAUCAAAACAAUUCCGAAGCACUCGGUGUGAAAGCCAGUGAAACACAAACAGCAGAAUCGGAAGGCUCAAAGAAACCUAAGUUGAAUUUGGUCGAUGAAACUAUUUCGACUACUGCUUGUGAAGUGACAAAAACGGUUACGCCUGAUGGAAACGUAAGUGAGCAGAAUGUAGGGCAGAUAGUGGACAGCACAAAUGCCUUUUCUACACUUGGAGAUCUAGAUAACAAUGCGGCAGAUAUAAAACCUAAAAAUGAUUUUCUUUUAAAAGAAGAACCUGAUAUUGAAGAAAAACAAGAUGCAAAGUAUUCAGAGCCAUCAUGUGGUAUUGAAAACUUAAUUGAAACAGAUUCUUGCAAUUUAAGUGAUGACAAAAGUUUUUCAAAAUUAAUCACUCCAAAUAAAAUGUGCAAAGAGCAGAACGCAGGAGUACCGACGGCGAAAAAAAGCGGCAGAAGAAAAUCUCGAAUUGAAAAAGAACUAGCCAUUGACAUGGUAGAGGGGCAUCCCUUUUUGAAAAUGCAAUCAGAGAAACGCUUAACUAGAAAGAAUAUUAACAUUACUUCCCCUGCUCUGGUUAAAAGGAAAACAUUAGUCGAAAAGUUGAAUAAAUCAAAAACUGAUACCAAUGUGGCGAAAUCUGAAAAGAAACAAAAGAAUAAGGACAAAUUGAAUAGUUCUAGCGAUGAAAAACAAAUUGAUACAUCAGAGGAUAUUGCGUCAUCGCAAUCUCAAGAUAUUAUUGAGAGUUCCCAAGAUUCUACAGUAUCGUCUAGUAUAUCGGUGAAAACAUGCAAAAAACCAAAGAGAAUACCUAUCGUUAGUGUGGAACCCUGUACAGAUAUUCCGAAAGCUUUACAACUGCUUAAAGAAAAGCAGGAUUUAACGAACGGUGUGGCGUCGAUAAGUGAUGACAUUGAAUUGGGACACAACAAAACCGUGGUUCAUGACGGAGUUGACGUCAACUCAACUGAAAAUAUGGACACACUGCCCGUGGAACGUGAUAGCAGCUCGGAUGUUAUAAUACGCAGCUACGGCGAAGCACCGAUUGUUAGUAGGAUCGACCAAACUGAUACAGAAUCGGGUACACAGAAAACGGCAAAUGAAGACACACAAUCGCUAGAUCCGGCCCUCUUUUCGGAAGUAGCGAACAGCGCGCCAACGCGACCCGUUGAACAAUCUACCACAAUGAUUGAGGAGAAAUGUAAUGAUGUCAUUCACGCCACCCCGGAUGUGACUACACAGCGUUUCGACGGCGCUCAAACAAUUGCUGAGACUGCAAACGUUGACACAGAUUGCUCCCCAUUCAAGGACGAAGCGCAGAGGAAACAAGACUUCAUGAAUAACACGCUAGAGAUAUCGCCCAUUAAAAUGUUGAGCCCUCUACAGGAGGAAAAAAAAUCCCCGACACUCGAGACGAGCAGUGACUUUAUGGUUAUAACUCUAUCGUCGCCCGUGCAAAGUAACGGGGAGCCGUUUGACAAGUCCGAUUCGCCAGAAAUAUUCUCGAACGAUAAGAUAUCGCCGGAUAAAAGAGACCAGUCGCCACCCAGAGAUGAGUGUGUAAUGAGCAAUCUAAGUCCAAGCUCCUCGUUGUCUCUUAAGAAAAAUCGGCCGCAGGUGCGUUCUGGUGGUAGGGCGGCGCAGAUGCUAGGUUUGUGCGUGCCCGAUAGAAUGCAGACGCUGACCAGCUCGGAGAAAUCCGUCGAACCGGAGGAGCACAGAAGAUCGAUGGCGCUAAACACGUCCGCCAGACGAAAUCUGCGUAUACUUUACAACUCCACGGGCGAGAACAGUGAAGCCCACGACGGUAGCGAAGAGAGCGAAUUUUUCCUCAAACUGAAGAGAUCCAUCCCCACAGCUGACAGCAGUCCAUCCGGCCCCAUAUUGAAACGGAAGCUUAACGACAUCGUUGACGAGACGACCGUAUCGCCAGCAUCCAAAAGAAAAAGGGUCAGUUUCCACGACCCGCCGGUGUCGACGACGGUUUGCGUCAAGAAGUACAUAGAGCCGAGCGGUUUGCAUUCUCCCCAGAACUCGGCGCUGAAACGCCAAGAGAGGCAGCUGCGCGCUCAGACCACCACGAAGACACCAAAGAGGCUGGACACCGUUUUCAAGUUGGACACGGUACUGACGAGAGCCGUCGAAAGUUUCUCCGAGAACGGCACCAAUGUCGCUGGGGUUACGCCAAUCAGUCAGCUAGAACAGACGCGAUUGGCUGAGGUGGUCACCACGAGCGAUUUGAAUGGCACGGAACCCGUUUGCCCGGCGCUCGUCCACUGCAAAGACGGGAUCGAUAGGAUCGCCACUAAACUGUCCUCGCCUGCUAAGAAAUUGCUACUCAUCCGCGAGUUCGAGGGCAAGGUGGAGACGAUCGGCGACCUGGCCAAAAUGACGGAACUGGAGGUGAACAGCUUGUCCAUUAAGGCGCCGAAAGUCGAAGUGGCGAAGCGGGUCUUGAACGAUUACGCGUUAAGAUCCUUGAGGGUGGAUUCGACCGAAGCCUGUGAGUGUAUCGAUCUUGAUGACGAACCGUCGAAAACCGACACGCAUACCGAUGGUACGCCCGUAAUUUACAAGGAAAUGCAAACAGACGAUGUAUCAACCGUAGCCUCCGAACAGAUUGCAUCGACCUGUAGCGAUGUUACGCAAACCGUUGAACCGGGGGCGAAUUCUACUUCGAAUUUAAUCAUAUCAUCCCUGUCGGAAGUGAGUAUCAUCCAAGAGUGCUGCAUAUUAAUCACCGCUAUUAAUUUUAAUUUG